AUGCUUUCCUUCUUCACCUUGCUCUCCGUCUCCUUGUCGCUCACCAACGCCUUGACCCUUCCAAACGGUCCUACCACCUUGGCUACCUCCAGAGUCGGCGCCAAGUCCAACGCCAUGGGCGGUUCUGCUCCUCAGGGCACCUUGACCCUGGCUCCAGCUCCUCCUCCAAGCAUUCCAAGCAACGGAACCAACCCUACCGGAAACGGUCCUAUCACAGGCACUCACACUGGAAAGACUCUUCCAACCGUCACAAACUCCCAGUGGCCAAACCCCAUGGACACUAAGACUCCAUCCACAGUGACGAACGCUCCAGCUAAAGGAACCCAGGCUCCAGGAAAUGCUCCAUCUCAGGCUCAACAGCCAGGUGCUCCUUCUGAGGCUCCUCAACAACCAGGCAACUCUCCAUCCCAGGCUCCAGAACAGCCAGGUUCUUCUCCAUCUGGCCUCGGUGACGAUGGCUCCGAUGGCUCCGGCUCCUCUCCAUCUGACUUUGGUGGUAAUGGUUCGGCUCCUUCUGAGGCUCCAGACACCCCAGACUCGGGAUCUUCUGGAUUGCCAGAUGACGGUGGAUUUUCUGGAAACGGCGGCCAGGGCGACCAAGGCGACCAGGACCAGGGAAACCAGGACCAAGGAAACCAGGGCCAGGAACCAGGCCAGGGUGACCAAGGAAACCAGGAUCAAGGAAACCAGGGCCAGGAACCAGGCCAGGGUGACCAGGGCAACCAGGGUCAGGGUGGUAACAUUGUGAAGACGGCCACCAGCACCCAGGCUUUCGCUACCGCAUAG